AUGUUGGAGCCGGCAGAUGUUCCACCCCCAUCGCGCGUGGAUCAUGGUCGUCUGGGCCAUUCUACUGUUGCUAUGGCUGCCGCUGGCACAGGGGAUGCGAGACUACCAGGUAAAAGAGCUCAGGUAAGGCACUUUCAUCGCUGUGCGAGCCCAAAUACACGAAUUCAAUGGCCGCAUCCCCGUCUCUCGGGAUCAUCGCUAACCCUUCCCUCCCGAUCUUACAGGCAAGAAACCGAGCGCAUGUUCUUCCACGGAUUUGAAAAUUACCUCGCACAUGCUUUUCCGGAAGACGAGCUACGUCCGUUGACCUGUGGCCCUCUGACUCGCGACGAAAGAAAUCUGGAGCACAAUGAUGUCCUCGGCAAUUAUUCCUUAACCCUGAUCGAUAGCUUAUCGACCUUGGCAAUCUUGUCCUCGAGUCCGGAGAGUGGAGAUCGAGCUUUGGCACAUUUCCAAAAUGGUGUAAAGGAUUUUGUGAGACUGUACGGUGACGGCUCGCAUGGCCCUGCUGGUCAGGGUGAGAGAGCGAGAGGUUUUGAUAUCGAUAGCAAGGUGCAGGUAUUUGAAACUGUUAUUCGGGGUCUCGGCGGACUUCUCAGUUCACACCUUUUCGCAGUGGGAGAACUGCCAAUUACUGGAUACCAUCCGCCAGAACAGGAGGCCGAUUUCGCCAGUGCAUGGGACAAGAGUGCAUUUUCGGAGACCAACCAUGGCAUCAUAUGGGAUAAUGACUUUGUUUAUGACGGUCAACUUCUGCGCCUAGCGGUUGAUCUAACACACCGUCUGCUUCCUGCAUUUUAUACCGAGACAGGUCUUCCAUACCCGCGAGUCAACUUGCGGCAUGGUAUUCCAUUCUACGAAAAUUCACCUCUUAAUGCGAAAUCUAGCAAGAAGAAUGAGCGGAAGUCAAAAUAUACGUACGCAUCAUCUACUGAAGAAGUCACGGAGACAUGCAGUGCCGGGGCAGGCAGUUUGGUGCUCGAAUUUACUGUCCUGAGCAGGCUCACGGGAGAUGGUCGGUAUGAAGAACUGGCCAAAAGGGCCUUUUGGGCUGUUUGGUCACACCGCAGUGAAAUAGGGCUCAUUGGAUUUGGCAUCGAAGUGGAAUCUGGGAAAUGGGUAGGACCAUACUCCGGGAUUGGUGCUGGAAUUGACAGUUUUUAUGAGUACGCCUUCAAAUCCCAUGUUCUCUUAUCUGAAGGAGAACGACCGCCUUUCGAUUCCAGCAGUCCAUGGAGCAUUUUGGAUGGGUAUUAUCCUCCAUUGACUGUGGAUCAACAUUCUCCCGAUGCUUUUCUCCAAGUCUGGAAAGACUCACAUACAUCCAUCAAUCGCCAUUUAUAUCGUGGCGAGGGAUAUCAGCAUCCCCAUCUUGUUGUUGCGGAUGUCCUUACCGGUGCUACCCGCGCCUUCUGGAUCGAUAGUCUUAGCGCAUACUAUCCAGGGCUCCUUGCUUUGGAUGGCAAGGUGGAUGAAGCCAUUCAGAUUCACUUGUUAACAACCGCCAUCUGGACUCGCUUCUCAGGUCUCCCGGAGCGAUGGAACGUGGCCACAGGCGAUAUCGACGGCGGCCUUUCUUGGUAUGGUGGUCGACCUGAGUUCAUCGAGUCCACCUACUACAUCUACAGGGCGACACAAGAUCCUUGGUAUUUACAUGUUGGCGAAAUGGUCUUUCGCGAUCUCAAACGCCGCUGUUGGACCAAAUGCGGCUGGGCAGGCUUGCGCAAUGUCCAAAGUGGCGAGAUGAUCGAUAGAAUGGAAAGCUUCUUUCUUGGCGAGACUGCGAAGUAUAUGUUUCUUUUGUUCAGUCCGGAGCAUCCACUUAACAAAAUCGACGCCCCGUGGGUUUUCUCCACCGAGGGGCAUCCUCUGAUCAUUCCCAAGAAGACCACCAGGUCAAGGAAACAACCUCGCCGUGAGCAAGCAUUGACAUCAUCUCAAUCUUCGCCGGACAACAUAUGCCAAGCGAUUCCCACCUCGUCCACUUUUGGCGUGUCUAUUACAGCAUCCCGUUCUGACAUCUUCCAUGCAGCCAGCUUGGCACGGCUACACCUUCGACCCCAUCGUGGCUACACAAGCGAAGGCCCCAUUUUGGUGGACUCGCCAGACCAUCCCAGUAUAUCCAUAUCGGACUUGUCAUCGCCAACGAACUAUACAUUCUAUCCAUGGACUCUUCCUCCGCAACUCGUCCCUUUCAACGCAACGAGUGCGCCAAUGGCCAUUCGCCCAACACUCGACAUCUCCUUCCCAUCGCUACCCGGUGGGGUAAACUUAGGACCAGGGGCCUUGGAGCGAGUGCGAGACGGCAUUUUUGUGAAGAAUAUUGGAGGUCUCCGGUUGAGCAUGAUUCAAGAUGUUCCCUUGGUGGGUCAGACGCCUGAAGAUGAAGAUGGAUAUCGGGUGCAGGUGAUCAACAAUGUACCUCUGGGAAAGGAUGAGAAGGUAUAUAUCUCACGCCAGGUCACGUCUGAUAUCGUUGAUCCGUACGAUCCGAACUUCACCCGGGUCCGCGACAACGCCAUGCUUGAUCUCGUCAUUGACGUUCUUGCAGACCCCUCUCGCCGACGCAAUGGGUCAGCUUCUCCAAGAGCUAGAGUCCCUACAGCAGAAGCUUCAGCACAGGAAGAAGAUCCGAAGCUUCACCUCGGCCGGCACCAGUCUGGUCCAGGCGACAAGGACGUGGACGUCGAUCCGUCCGACUCCACCAUGAAAAGCCUGCUAUCGAAUCUGAUGAGCUCGGUGUCGUCUCUGAUCCGAGAUGACACCGAUGAGACCACACCGCUGCGACUGAGUCUGCCAGCCAGCAUGGCAACUGGUGUCGGGGCCGCGCCCUUGCCAGAUGUGGAGGAUGCUGCCACCAUGUCGAUUGUCGGAACUCCGUCCAAUCGCCGUCUGACGUGGUCAUCGAUCUACUUUGCUGGCGACCUCUGUCAUGAGCGCAUUCUCCGAGACGUGGUCCAAAACCACGAAGUUAUCGUCAUUAAGCGUGGUGGCUGCACAUUCUCGCAGAAACUGCGCAACAUCGCCGCCUUCCGGUCUUCGCGCUCAUCCCUGAAGCUCGUCGUCGUCGUUUCAUAUGAAGACGAUACCCCCCUUCCCCAACCUCACGAUCCCCAGUCCGAGCAGGUUCCAGGCUCGGCCCCGGUUGCUCCCUUCGCUGCCCUCCGCGCCGAGAGCAGUCUCAUCCGUCCCCAUCUCGAUGAAGCGCAAAUGACCGCGAGCGGCAUUCCCCGCAAUCAUCCCGUAAGCUUGGUCAUGGUUGGCGGCGGUGAGGAGACAUAUGCCCUCUUGCAGGUCGCUACGGGCGUGGGGAUCAAGAGGCGGUACUCGAUGCGGUCGCGUGGUGUCCCUAUUACGAAUCUGUACAUCAUUUAG